CGUGAGGUUGUGGGGAAGCGGGGGCGCGCUGCUUUUCCAGCUGUGUGGCUGUCUGACGUGGCAGAGAAUCCUAUCCUCCGCCUUCCCGGCUUCCCCGUAAACUGCCGGUACUCUAAGGAGUUGGGACAGGAGCGGGCUGACAGGAACGAUUUGUAUAUUCGAAUGUGAGAUUCAACAGGUUUUCCAUUGGUGGCAUAUAGAUGAUCUGUUUGUGGUAUGGCGGGGUGUUGUUCAAUCCCAAUAAUACAUCAACAGAACAGUCUCUGCUGCUAAUGAACAAAUCAUUAAAAUGAGUCAUCAAGGCUAUGUUGCACCACCUCCUUUCUCUCAGUCUCAGCCUGGAUUGGGUGGUUAUCCCCCUGGUUAUGGAUCACCCAUGAUGAGCCCUCCUUAUGCAAACUAUGGUGGCACAAGUCCUACUAAUCCAACCCAGCCAGCCAUGCUGAAAUCUGCUGUGUCAUUUGGAUCUCAGCCUCCUUUGAACACUCCAACAUCUGCCCCAAAUAAUUCACAGAACGGGCCAAAUUUCUCUGGAAAUAUAAUGCCAAGAGUACAUGGACCUCCAGCACCUAACAACACAUCUUUUUCAUACCCACCAUAUGGUCAUCCUCCUUCUCACACAAACAGUACUGUGCCAACACCUGUCCAUCAAGUGACUAACCAACUUAACAACAUGCAAAUUGGCAAUUAUGGUCCUCCAUCUUCAAGUAGUUCUCAAAUACCACCUGGCCCACCUAUGCCAGCAGCAUACCCUGGUCAGACUCGACCAAUGCCUGUGCCUCCUGGGCCAUAUUUUCCUCCACCCCUAUCAAAUAACCAAAAUGGCCUACCAUCAGAGCCCUUUUUACAGACAGGGAACAUGCAAGAGGGAAUCGCUGGUCAUCAGAAUUUCCUGUCACAAAAUCAGGCACAGCCUCAGAUUGGAUACCCACCACCAAACUCAAACAACUAUGGUGGUCAGUUACCAGGAUCAACAUUAUCUUACCCUGGUGCAUUUCCUGGAAAUCAGCCCCAAAUGUCAGGGCCACCUCAAAGAAAAACCGAUCCAGACUCUAUUCCUAGCCCUAUACAGGUCAUUGACAGUGACAAAAUAAACAGGGCUGGACAGGUCUAUACCACGAAUGUCCGAGGACAAGUCCCUCCUCUUGUCACAACAGAAUGUACAAUUCAAGACCAAGGAAAUGCAAGUCCACGUUACAUUAGAUGCACAACAUAUUGCUUUCCUACCUCCUCUGAUAUGGCUAAACAGUCUCAGAUUCCCCUUGCAGUUGUCAUCAAGCCACUAGCUGUGGUUCCCAAAAAUGAGACACCAAUUUAUAUUGUGAACCAUGGAGAGACUGGACCAAUCCGAUGUAACCGGUGCAAAGCUUAUAUGUGUCCAUUUAUGCAAUUCAUUGAAGGAGGAAGAAGAUAUCAUUGUGGAUUUUGCAGCUGUGUUAAUGAUGUGCCACCAUUUUACUUUCAACAUCUGGACCAUAUUGGCAGAAGAGUUGACCACUUUGAAAGGCCAGAGCUAUCUCUUGGAUCUUAUGAAUAUGUUGCUACAUUGGAUUAUUGCAGAAAAAACAAGCCUCCAAAUCCACCGGCAUACAUCUUCAUGAUAGAUGUUUCCUACAAUAAUAUAAAGAACGGUGUUGUCCGGUUAAUAUGCGAGGAGUUAAAAAUUCUGUUGGAGAAUCUUCCAAGAGAGGAGAAUGCAGAAUCAUCUGCAAUCAGGGUUGGAUUUGUCACAUAUAACAAGGUUCUGCACUUCUACAAUGUCAACAGUAACCUGGCCCAGCCUCAGAUGAUGGUGGUUACAGACACGGCCGAGGUUUUCCUUCCUCUGCUGGAUGGAUUUCUAGUCAACUUUAACGAAUCAAAAUCUGUGAUUAACAAUUUAUUGAGUCAGAUACCCGAGAUGUUUGCUGAUACUAAUGAAAGUGAAACAGUCUUUGCUCCUAUUAUCCAGGCUGGCAUGGAGGCUCUAAAGGCGUCGGAAUGUGUGGGCAAGCUUUUUAUCUUUCAGUCAUCCCUACCAACUGCAGAGGCACCUGGGAAGUUAAGGAACAGAGAUGACAGGAAGCUAGUAAAUACUGAGAAAGAAAAGAUUCUUUUCAUGCCCCAGAGUAAUGUUUAUGAAAACCUGGCCAAGGAAUGUGUGGCAAAUGGAUGCUGUGUCGAUCUCUUCCUUUUCCCUAACCAGCAUAUUGAUGUAGCCUCCAUGGGAAUUGUGACAAUGCAAACCGGAGGGACCCUUUACAAAUACAGUCAAUUUCAGGUGCAUACAGAUGGCCAGCAGUUUAUAAGUGAUCUUAGGAAAGAUAUUGAAAAGCACGUAGGAUUUGAUGCAAUCAUGAGAGUUCGCACAAGCACAGGUUUCAGGGCUACAGAUUUCUUUGGAGGGAUCUACAUGAGCAAUACUUCUGACGUAGAGAUGGCUGGUGUGGAUUGUGACAAGGCAGUCACCGUGGAGUUUAAGCAUGAUGACAAACUUAGUGAGGACACUGGAGCAUUAAUACAGUGCGCAUUGCUGUACACAUCCAUCAGUGGCCAAAGACGUCUUCUUAUCCAUAAUAUCAGUCUCAACUGUAGCUCCCAGAUGGCAGAUAUCUACAAGAGCUGUGAAACAGAUGUCCUCAUAAACUUCUUUGCUAAAUCAGCAUACAAAGCAAUGCUUCACCACCCUCUGAAAACAGUUCGUGAUGUGCUGAUUAGUCAGACGGCACAUAUGUUGGCAUGCUAUAGAAAGAACUGUGCCAGUCCUUCAGCUGUCAGCCAGCUCAUCCUUCCAGACUCCAUGAAACUGCUCCCUGUAUAUAUGAACUGCUUGUUAAAAAAUGAGGUGCUGAUUGGAAGUCCUGAGGUUCCCACCGAUGAGCGAACAUUUCAAAGACAGCUGGUUAUGUGCAUGGAUGUGGCAAGCUCUCAAAUAUUCUUCUACCCACAGCUCCUACCAAUACACACUAUGGACUUAAAGGACGAUACCAUCCCCACGCCAGUUCGCUGCUCUGAGGAACGCUUAUCUGAGGGUGGAAUAUUCCUGCUGGCCAAUGGUAUAAAUAUGUUCCUGUGGCUGGGCUUCAAUUCGCCUCCAGAAUUCAUCCAAGGGAUUUUUAAUGUGCCUUCCUUUGCACAUAUCACACCAGAAGCUACCUCCCUUCCGGCAGUGGACAGCGCCCAUUCUAAAAAACUGAGGUCAAUUAUGGACGCCAUUCAGAAGACAUGCCCCUACUCUAUGAAGCUUAUCCUUGUGAAACAGAAAGACAAGGCUGAGAUGGGCUUCCGGCAGAUGUUAGUAGAAGACAAAGGCCUGUUAGGGGGAGCUUCAUACAUGGAUUUCCUCUGUUGUGUGCACAAAGAGAUUCGUCAGCUUCUUACCUAAUUGAGAUACACAAUGUUCCACAAACCAAUGCAGAGAACAUAAGAAAAUUCAUAUGAUACCAAAGCCUGAUCUGCAAUUCCUAGUCUGAUGUAGUUUAUACAUGCUUUAAUUCAAUGAGAAAUAAGAGGCUCAGGUAAACAUUGUACAAAUGAUUUUAGUUUGCAGAUGAACAGGAGACUCCAGCGUGAUCUGUUUUGUUAGUCAGAAGCCCAAAACCGGUUCACUGUGACUAUUCUGUAUGAUAAAAUGGACACUGUGCACAAGAAUAUUCUAUCCCACCCUUUCAUUAUGUCAUUAACAAUUUCUGUAUAGAGCAAAUAAGUGAAAGGUGAGUUAUAUUUAUAGCCCACAUAUUUAAUAGAUUGUAUGAAAGAUGCCUCUCAUGUGUAGCUGUUAGCAUACAGCAACGAAGGCCUAUGUAAUGGGCUGGCUGCUAUACAGAAGAUGAGUAUACGGGGCAUCUACACAAUGCUUUUUAAACAGCUAAGAAAAGAAAAUUAUAUUUUGAACUGAAUAUUUGCAAACUGCAUGGCAGUAAUACUUGGUGCCUCUCCUCAGACUUGAGAGAAUAACGUCUUGAGAGAAACUUGUCUGUUUCAGUGCCUGUACACAAAUCCAGCCUGUUUUUAUAUAAAUCUGUGCCUACGGUCAAAACAUAUUUGUUAUAAACAUGAGGAGUAACCCAGGUACUGUUCAGUGAUUUCGACUCAGAUCUAAAUAGCCUUAGCAAAUGUAUUGUGAUGCCGGCCAGAUAAAUAAUAAAAAGGAUCCUGGCAUUAUGGUAAAUGAAACUAAAGGUCUGUUCUCAUAUAGGAGCACUCGAGGUGCAAUUAGUUGCCAGGGGGGUGCGCAUUGAUUGAUCCCCAACCUUUCACGCUGGGUAUAAGGGUCCUAAGAUUUUUUUAAAUAAAGAUUAACUCGUGCCUAUUUCUAACUCUUCUGUUUUUUAAUGUUGAUAGUGGCUCUACAAUACAUUUUGUAGACAUAGAAAGUGGUUUAUUGUUUGCCGAGUCGAUUUUCUGAUGUUGGAAUCACAGCCUCAUAACUACUGAGGUUUCUUACCCUAGAUCAAAAGCAAUACAACUAUUAUUAAAUACUCCAUGCAACCUCCCUCCUUCGUGGCCCGGUAUUACCCUACAGUACAUUUCCCUAUGCUCAUGUUACAGCCCCCCUAAUGUACCUGUGCUAUACUUUCCAUAUCCAGUAUUAUUUAUUUGUCUCCCUUACCCCCCAUGUGAGAAAUGUUGUGCCAAGCGCUAGAGUGGAGUUGGUGCAUACAGUAAUAUUACAACAACAAUAACAAUAAAUACAAUUAUUCCUUCUGUGCUAUGAUUUGCUAAACAUAUAUAAUUAAAUAAAGAGGAGGUAAAUGCUCAAUAUAAGCAGGGUGCCUGGCUUUAAAAUGCUCAUAUCCUCCUCCAGCUGCAGAGCGCUGCUUUCACUCUACCGGUCUUUGCUCUGAAAUCAAGACCAACUGCAAUAUGUUGAGAGCAGAGGAAAAACUGGUAGAGUCAAAGUUAUGCUGUGCAGCAGGAGAAGGAAAUAAUUGGCAAUGGGUAACUAUGGGGCAAUCUCAUUGCUCUAUAUAUUUAAUCAUUCCCAUAAGUUUUUCUGUUUAUACUGUGAGGCUUUGUCACUUUGUAACACUUUCACUUCCGCUACACAUCUUGCCCCCAGUUUCUGCCUCUUAAGUACUAAGUUCUGGAGGUGUUUAUAAUGCUCAUUUUUAGACUACAUUUUUUUUAAAAAGAUUGCCUUAGAUUAUGAUUAUCUCGCAGCUAAAAUAUUCUAAGUCAGAUUAGGAGAUAAAGGGACUGAAUGUAAAAUAAAUGCACACAAAGAUUAUCCAUGAAUGAAAGACUGUAGCGUUAUGUUAGAAAUGGAUCUAAAUGUUCUCUGAUGUAACCCACAUGUUUUGGCUAAUGUGCUCUGUUGUCUACAUCAAAUAUCAUUUCAAUGUAAAUAUUAAAAAAGCAGAGUUACCAAAAA